AUGUAUCGAGAUGCAUGGCCGCCGCAAGAGCAGCACUACGCCUGGGAAGACUGGGAUGCAGAAGACCGAUCGUGGAAUUGGCAAGCAACGCAAAGACGUGUGCAGAGCCGCUCACACAGCUCUCGUUCAAUGAGAGGAUCACAAAGUCCACGAGGACGCAAAGGGAAAGGUGCUGGGAAACAUGCAAACAAAGGCAAGCGCAAAGAUGCAGCCUACAAUACAGGAGGGGACGAUGGGAUUGGAGGUACAAGUUACAGCAAUUCACCAUUUGCCCCACUGGCAACCAGCAUGCCACCAUGGCCAACUACGGAGGGGGCGCCACAGGCCCUGAUGCCCUCGGUUGCCAUGGCUUCCAAUCCCAGUACGGCCGAACAAUUGGCACAGAAAAAAAAAUGUGUAGCUGCACUCAGAAUUGCAUAUCCAGAUGUCAACGCUGCACCAGCCGAAACCAAAGAUCUCAUCGAGAAGAUGGAUCGAGACAUAGAAAAGCUGGAAUCAGACAGCAACAAGUUUGUUACGAAGAACAUUCAUUCAGCCACAACAGCGCUAGGCAAAGCGCAGAAAACACUUACAGAGACGCUGGAAGCCAAGAAGGCCCAUCGCAAUCGAUGGAUCAAGCAUAUUACAGAAGCAGUGACCACAUGGCAAUCACAACUGCAAGAGUUCCAAAAACAGCAGGCAAAAUUCCAAGAUGUGGCAGCCAAGGCCAGAUCAGACAUCGAGUCAGCCAGAUCAGCCAUACAGACCCUGUCAUCCAAGGCGUCGCAGGCAACAUUAGCUGCCAUGCCACCUCUGACUGCGGUAACAGCAGAACAAGAGGAAGGGAAUCCAGAAGCGGACAGCGAGGAGUUGAAACUCCAAGGACAGUUACAAACAGUCCUUCAGAACUGUGCUGCGGCGUUGAAGAUGGAGAUUCCCGAUCAAGACCAGGAAGUGGAAGACCUCACGAUGGAAGACGAAGAGCGCGACAAAAAGAAUCUGAUUGGCAUUCACAAUAUCCAAGCCAUUCUUGCAGGACAACAUGAAGCUGAAGAUUCAGUCAUAUUGCAAUACACGGACGAUCUUGCACUUGGUUCCACUGAACAAUUAGUCAUUCUCGAUGUGGAAGUCCAUUUUCAGGCUGCGUUGAAUUUUGCGAUCACAAUUGAUGAUGCAGAAGCUGACAUCGUUAGUAACCUUGAAGAGCUAGGUCCUGCAUUCAACAUUGUUGUGUCUGUGGCACCUUUGCGAAAUGAUGGAUGGAUUGUGCCUGAGCAGCUUUGGACCCCAGGUAUUCCAGUGAUCCACCCGGAAUCAAAUCCGAGGUCACCAGCCUUGUCCUUACGGCCCUUUUUGAAGGACCUACGCACGAUGCCAUCACUCAGGGAGCAUACUCUGUGGGACAGAGACAGUGUCCAGAUUAGGGUUGCAGCACCGGAAGCUGCCCAAGGAGAUGUGGACCCUACGGAACACCUUCAUUUUGAAGACCUCACAUUGAUGCAACGGCCUGCACCUUCACAACCGAAUAGGAUGGAGCAUGGAGUGACAUCCCAUGUCAUCAUUGUGCAAGCCCCAAACGUUGAGUGGUCUACAUCGCUUGUCUCAGUGUCUGAUUACCGCUUGGGCCCAAAUCCUUUGCGCAUUGCCAUCACCACCCUUGAACAUGUGACCUUUGAGCAAAUUGUCCAUGGAGUCCACUAUGACGAUCUUUGCAUACACCGGCAGGAACCGGUGCAUUGUGAUAUCUGGUACCAGCAGCUGCAUUUGUUGCCAGGUCAAAGAAUGCCUUGCUGGACGGGCUACAGUUUCGUGCUCCAUGUCAGCAGGUACAGACAACAGCCAAUAGGCCAACCAGAAGGGGACCACCAGGCAAUGCUUCAGACAUUUGUGCGGGCACCAACAACCAACCCAACACGAUGCUCUGAGGAUAUCCAUACGCAUAAGAUCAGAGUGGAUUUCGAAUCAGCGCAAAUGGCACUGCAAUGGCUUGAUGCUCAUUUCACUCUCCCAACUUAUGAUAUCGAAGCGCAACUUGACCCGGUUGCUUGUUGGUUACCUCAAUGCCUUGACUGGAUCAGACAGGAUUGGUAUGAUUGGGAAGGACCAGUUGAGUGUAUCCGUGUCUAUUAUGAUGGCUCAUUUGAAUCUAAGACUGACAAUUCUGGGUCAGCCACUGCAGCAUUUGUUCUACAGGAUGGAACUUGGAAGUUUGCUGGGGCGCUAUCAGUACAGCAGCAUAAGCCGAAGUUUGAAUCCUACACAGCUGAACUCACUGCAUCUCUCAUUGCGUGCAAGCAGGUUUUUGACCUUGUGAAAAUCAAUGCAGAGGUUUUUUCAACCUCACCUGCGGUUGAGUUUAUGUAUGAUUCACUCUCAGUGGGUAAGCAAUCAGAAGGCCAGUGGCAGGCAAGACAGGAUCCAACCACAUGUCAUGCUAUUAGAAGCCUUGUCAGGGUCAUUGAAAAACGUUGGAAGGUUAGCUGCCAGCAUUUCCAUGUUACCGGACACAGCGGCGACCCGGGGAAUGAGCUUGUUGACACCCUUGCAAGAUGUGCUGCCCAGGGCAAACCGUUGCAAAAUUGGAAUGCCUUCCUUGAGCAGAUCACACAGAAGAAUUUUGUUCAAUCUCUGGAAUGGGUAUGGGCAUUAUUUACUUCACAUUUGGGAUCCGCUUGGCAAUCAAACCAGCUGGAGUUACCAACCAACUCGACCACCAAUCCAGACAGCACUAAAGUCUUACCGUUUGGUGAGGCGACAUCGACAGACGGUCAUGGAAAUGUCAAGCUUCACCUGCUUACCUGCAAUGUCCUUACCCUACUCCCAGGGCCACAUCAGAUGGAAGCAUGGGGGGCUGGAGGACCUACCAGAUUGCAAAUCAUGUUGCGACAAUUGAAACAAGCAGAAAUUUCGGUAUUUGCUUUCCAAGAAACCCGAUUGAGAACUGACUUGAAAUUGAGGCAUGAAGAUUUUAUCCUGUUUCACGCACCUGCUAAUGACCGAGGCCAUUUCGGUAUCAUGGUGGGAAUUGCCAAGACCCAGGCAUUUGCAUUUCAUGAUAAUGGUAAGCCACAUGACCAAGGUUGGUUUGAGGAGUCACAAAUUGCUGUCAUUGCAGCCGAGCCACGCCUUCUGAUUUUACGAGUCUGCAAUGAAUUCCUCAAAGUCAUCAUCGUUGCUGCACACGCACCACAUACCGGAGCAGCCAUCGAAGAUAUUGAGGAUUAUUGGCAGCGAAUUGAUAGACACAUUGGCUCGAAAUACAGCAGCUGGCCAAAACUGCUUUUAGCAGAUGCGAACAGCCGAGUAGGUGACUCACCUAACAACCACAUUGGACCACAUGACGCUGAGAGAUCAUGCCCCAAGAGUGAUGCCUUUAGUCACUUUGUUGCGCAGCAGCAUUUGUUUUUGCCAGCCACAUUUGCGGAUAUUCAUGAGGGGCCAUCAGGUACAUGGAAACACCCAAAUGGCACCUGGACACGGAAUGAUUUCAUUGGGGUUCCGUUUGAAUGGCCGCUUACACAGUGUCUCUCUUGGACUGAUAUUGAAAUGGAUUUUUCGCUCACCAAAGAUGAUCAUCGGCCUGCUCGAGCACUCUUGAGAUGGCCAGCGGCAACCAAAUCACAGAACCUUCAAGCACAAAGGAUUAAAGCAUGUCCUGCCCAGCUCUGCCCUAAUGCAAUUAAGUCUUUGCUUGCAGAUCCGAUCAAUCAGAGUGCAAUUGAUGUCCACACGCAUUUUGGUAUCCUCCAAGACUCACUCGCUUCAUGCACGAGGUCGACUGAACCUCUGCAUUUUCGUAAGCCGCAGAAACCGCACAUGACAUCUACCACAUGGGAACUUGUAUGUGCUAAGAAGAAGUGGAGGUCCAAUUUGGCAAGAUGUCAACGACUCCAAACGCGCACUACCAUGCAUUUGCUUUUCGCUGCCUGGCGACACGGCAUCCGUGGGAUAUGUUUCAAGCAGGAAGCCCAUUCCUUUGAUGCAAUUUUGAGCCAACUCGACCGUGAUGUUGCGAUUGCCCUUCACAAUUUCCGCACCCUGGGGAUUCAAGUUACGCAAGCCACCAGAAGAGAUGACAUUGUGUUUUAUCAGAACCUUGCACAAGAGAGCUCUAGGUGGUUAGGCCCUUCCGAAACCAGGCAAUUUUGGAAAGUCUUGCGACGAAGUUUGCCCAGAUUUCGCCAAAGAAGACGAGGUUUUGAUCCGUUGAGCAUCGAACCUCUUGAGGAUCAAUGGAUGCCCCACUUCACACAGCUUGAAGUAGGUGAACAGAUGCACCCGGCCGAACUUUUGCACGAAUGUCAUGAAAGACAAAGACAAACAGCACCAGCACAGACACAUUUCGAUAUUGCAGAGCUUCCCUCAUUGAUGCAACUUGAAGAUGUGCUCAGACAGACAAAGCCGCACAAGGCCACAGGCCACGAUUCGUUGCCUUCAGUGCUUUUUCGUAAUCAUGCGUGCGAUCUGGCUGAGGCGUUUUUUCCAUUGUUGCUCAAAAUGAUGGUCUGGCAACAAGAACCAUUUGCAGGUAAAGGUGGACCCCUUGCAGUCAUCCACAAGAAAGGCAACCACCUUGUUGCUAGCAAUUACCGCGGUAUCAUGUUGUUGCCUACCUUCACCAAGAGGGUACAUGCACUGCUACGGACACAACUCAUGCAAUUGCUUGAACGCCAACGACCACCAGGUCAGCUGGGAGGAUUUAGCCAGCAACAAGUCAUGUAUGGAUCGCAGUCCCUACAAGUUUUCGGACGCAUUAUGGAUACACUGAAGCUCACGUCGGCAGUGUUAUUUUUGGAUUUGGCCACUGCUUUUCAUCGGCUUGUCCGAGAAUGGGUUUCUGGCGUGCACGUGCCAGCUGACUUGCUUAUUGUCUUCCAAGCAUUGGAACAGGAAGGGUUGGAUGUGGCUGAAAUGUGUGAACGCAUACACGUGCCAUCGCUGCUUGAAACACUGCGCGCACCUCCCUUCCUUAUCCAGCUCAUGAAGGACAUACAUGCCAGCACAUGGAUGACCAUCGGUAGCAGACGAUUUGCCAAUACCAAAAGAGGCACAAGACCAGGAAGCCCGCUUGCGGAUUGUGUUUUUCACAUUUUGAUGGCAGACAUUUUACACCAGCUUGAUGACUGGAUUCAGAGACAAGAAGAUUUUCAACGUAUUCUCGCUGAAUACGACAUUCCAGGUGGCUUUGUGGCAUGGGCGUACGAUCUUGCCAUCCCCUGGGCAACCACCAGAGCGGCGGAUAUGCCCAAGGAACUGCGUAGGAUCUUGCAAUUUGUGCUGCAACUGUUCGAGAAGUACGGGUUCCUACUUAAUUUGGAGAAGGGCAAGACUAGUGCAGUUGUCACUUUCCGUGGGAGUGGUGCCCCACAGAUGAGGCAGAUGUACCAGCUCAAUGCCAAACCUGGGGAUAGCUUCACGCUUGAGGGGAGAGAAAAGCAGAUUUUCCUUCACUAUGUUCCAAGCUACAAGCACUUGGGUACGACGUUUGCCGCCAAUCACAACCUGGAAGUUGAAAUACAGCAAAGAAUUGGCCUUGCUCAAGCCGCAUUUGGACAGAUUGCGAAACCUAUUCUUUGUAACAGGCAUCUUCCCGAAAGUACUCGAAUCCAGUUGUUUCAUUCCCUCAUCGGCACUAAAUUGUUCUUUGGUCUUGGCGCCUGGCAAACGCCAACCUAUAGACAAUGCGCCAAGCUACGUGCCUUCCUGCUCAGAUUGCUACGCAAGGUUCUCAGGCUGAAGCCAGAUCAAGUAGCAUCCAUCCCCGCUGCCGAAAUCCUCCAGAGAGCACGUCAAUCAGAACCUCGGGUCAGACAUGCAGUUGAUAGGCUGUUGUAUGCACAACGUUUGUGGGAACAUGGCCCUGCGGAACUGCAGCACAUGCUCCACCGUGAACAUGCCCUCUGCCCCAACUCAUGGAUGCAUGGACUCCUUGCAGAUUUGGAAUGGUUGCAAAAGCUUGAGCCUCACUUGCCAUACAAGCCCCCAGUUAACACUGAAGAUCUCACUGAUCUCUUUGAUUAUUGGCAGGGGGGACAUAGAGAAUGGCAGAAGAGAAUCAAGGCCGCGCUGCAACGCCACCUCCGUCAGGAAGGGAUGAUGCAUCAGAUGCAUAGGAUGCAUACCCAGUUCUUUCAAAUUUUCAAGGACCAAGCCACAUUUCUCAAUGAUACCUUUGUUGAUGAUGUUACGAAGCAUGAAUAUGUUUGUUUCUGCAAUCGAACAUUCACCACCCCUCAGGGACUUGCUUCGCACAAGAGACUUGCUCAUAACAUUGGUGCCAGAGAAAAACACCUCAUUGACGGGGCAACUUGUCCCUGCUGUCUGAAAUUCCUGUGGACGAGACAGAGGUUAUAUCAACAUCUGGCGUACAUCCCUAGAAAAGGACAGGUCAAUCAUUGCUUCCAGUCACUGCAAAGAAGUGGUUUUCAAGUGACAGAUGAGUGCUCCACUGUAGUGAGCGACAAGUUGGCAGGUCUGCAUCGCACUGAAGCCCUCCAGGCUAUGGGGCCAAUACCCCUGUUCAAAGAUAGCCGUGAGAGAGAUCUCAGGAGCACCCUAGCCAAACUGGCGCAGUGUGAGAAUCAGUUGCACAUUGAGCAGGUACCAGAUGAUCCUGAGCAACACCAAAACCUUUUUUGGGAACGACUCACGGCACAAACACAAUUGUGGUUUCAACGAUUCCAAGAUGGUGGCUUCGAUGCUGACACCAUCAAGGAGCUACCUGAUGCAUGGUUGGACCAGAGUGCAGAUCAAGACCCCCGAUUUGGCAUUUGGCUUGAAUCAGUCUAUAUCAGUUGGGGGGAAAAGGUCAUGCCAGAUAUCCUUGCCGAACUCAUUGAUGGCGAAGCUGAGAUGCUGAUCGAGCAAGCUUUUACAGACAUGAUCUAUGAGUUCCCACGAAUGCAGCUGUUGACUGAAAUCACGUUCUUGAGGCAGAAAAUCCGUAGACUGGAGACGGAACAACAUGUGUUGUUCCCACACCGGACAGUCAAACGGGGAUCAGCCAAUGCGAAGGAACGUAUCUCUUCGGCACUCCAUAUCCCAGCAAUUUUCAAUGAACAGGAUUCAUGGCUGCAAAAAAUUCGGAAGAUCAAAUUUGACAACAUACCGGAGGAGAAGGUUAUUCCUGCCACAGUUGAUGCCAUAACUGUGAGACCGGUUUUCUUGGUAGUUCACCUUUUCAGUGGACGUAGGCGCAGCACGGAUAUCCAUGCGUGUCUUGAAACAUUUGCUAGCCAGAUGGGAUUUAGGGUUCAAAUUUUAUCCCUCGACACUGCAGUUUCUGUUCACUUUGGUAACUUACAAUAUGGGCGCAGCACUUGGAAGCACUUAGCCAAUCUCUACAGAUCUGGCCGAGUUUCAGCGACUAUUUGCGGAGCACCCUGUGAAACGUUUUCAGCUGCCAGACACCAUAAACCUGAAGGGAUUUCAGAAGCAGAUGCUCAGAAGUGGCCGCGUCCUCUUCGUAGCACGGAGAGAUUCCUGGGACUUCCGGGCCUUACUUUCCGGGAGCUUCGCCAGGUGGCUCAAGGUUCUGAAUUCUUCUUUCAAGGUAUUUUUGCGGCGGCAUGGUCAUUACGUUUUGGAAGUUUGUAUUUGAGUGAACAUCCAUGGAUGCCAGAAGAUGAGCAGAAAGUCAGUAUCUGGACCUCGCCAUGGGUCAAGUUGCUGUUACAACUGCCUCAAGUGAAGCUGCACCGCGUCUGCCAAUGGAGAUGGGGGGCUUCAGCAUCCAAACCGACAGGAAUAUUGGCCAUCAAUUGCCCAUCCUUCCUCUCCUCCAUUUACAAGAGACAAAUCCCUAAUGCAGAGAAACCGCGGAAAGUUGCCAUAGGACGAGAUGAGGUGACAGGAGAAUUCAGAACUGCUGUCCUCAAAGAAUACCCAGCUGCUUUUUCGAACGCUUUGGCGGGGGUUCUCGCCGAUCAAUUCGCACUUGCGGCUCGUAGGGUUUCUUUCUCCAUUUCAGAUAUGGCAACCCCUGAGUCUGAAGCAUGGUUGCAGGACGCGCUUGCAUCUUGUAAAGACAUACGAGCUACUGCACAUUGGAUGCCAGACUUUCAGGGAUAG